AUGGAAACGAGCUACGUGCCGAUCAGUUUGACCGGUCUAUUUGAUUUCAUAGUUUGCGGUGUGCUGGUGAACGUGAUCGGUCUUUUCGGUAUAUUCGGUAACGCGAUAUCGAUGAUCAUUCUAUCGAGGCCUCAGAUGAAAUCGUCGAUAAAUUACCUUCUGAUCGGCCUAGCAAGAUGCGACACGGUACUGAUUCUUAUCGCGGUGUUAAUUUACGGCUUGCCUGCGAUUUACGCGUACACCGGCCUGCUGUUCGACUACAAAUUCAUCGUCUACCCGAAGAUCGUCAAGUUCCUGUACCCGUUGUCGUGCAUGGCGCAAAUAGCAACGGUGUAUCUAACGUUAACAGUCACGCUGGAACGAUACAUCGCUGUUUGUCAUCCCCUGAAAGCAAGAUCCUUCUGUACAUACGGCAGAGCUCAGCUGGCUGUGCUCGUUAUCGUGAUAUUCUCCUUCAUUUAUAACCUACCAAAAUUCUGGGAGAUAGACUUGUACACGGAAGUUCACUGGAAGUACAACGUGACGGUGUACUGCCUGUAUCCGGCGGAACUGCGAAGCAACGACCUAUACGUCACCGUCUACGUUCACUGGAUGUAUUUCUUCAUUUGUUACCUUUUCCCGUUCCUCGCGCUGGUGAUCUUCAAUGCGGCCAUCUAUCAACGGGUCCGUAAAGCGAACAGAGAUCUACAACAGCUGUCCCGGCAUCAGAGGCGCGAGAUCGGUCUCGCGACGAUGUUACUGUGCGUGGUGAUUGUAUUCCUAAUUUGCAACAUCUUUCCGCUCGCCUCGAACAUUUACGAGACUUUCCUGAACGAUCCACCGUUAUGGCUGGUGCAGACAGGCAAUCUCCUCGUUACGAUAAACAGCAGCAUCAAUUUCAUCAUCUACGUGAUCUUCGGCCGAAAGUUCAAGAGGAUAUUCCUGAAGCUGUUCUGCAGCUCGAAAUUAUUCGGGCCCGGACGUGACAGUCCGGAAUUCCAAACGUACGACGAAUCGAUCGUCACGAACAUGACCAAUAUAGAACUCAGGAACUCUAUCAGGCAUUAUCACCUGAACAGGUCGAGCACCAUCGGUAGAAACAAUAACGUUUCGAACGGGAACACGCGAUAUAGCUUGAAAGCAACCGGAAGACCCGGCAGUCCGGGGCCCUGCGUCUACUAUCCGGCUAGAAGUCCCGUCAGAAGUCCGAGUCAAAUGUCCAGAACGUCCAGCAAUCAAAAUGAAUGGGGCAAAAAAGACGUGGAUUCAGUCCUGUAG